UUAGUGUAAUGGGGUUCUGAAAACAUAUGGACCCAAGAUUGGAGAUUUCAUCCCUCCCAAAUCACUUCGAAAUCUCCAUGCCCCAGGUCCAAAAACGGACUUUACAGACCAACGAGAAAAACUGGCAAACCAGUUUCCUCUGUAUUAAGCAAACAGCCUCUGCUGGAGUGGAGCCCAGAACCCUGGUCCUGACUCUCUCUAAAGGCCUGCACACACCUGUGCAAUCAGUCUCCUGGCCUAUCCCAAAACCUGGUCCCAGGAUUGGAGAUUUCAUCCCCCCCAGAUCUCUUUGAAAUCUCCAGGCUCCAGAUCGAAAAAAACAGACCUUACAAACAAAGGAGGAAGGUGAAAAGCCACUUUCCUCCAUAUCAAACACUUACCCUGGAGCCCCUCAACCUG